AUGGCGCUCGAGGAGGGGGAUGAGGAAUGGCGGCAUGGCGUGCUAGUGGUAAAGGUCUGUGCGGCAGCAGCGCUCGCGCCCUCUGUUUCCGCCGCUUUCAACGCCGCCGCGAAGACGAAUGUCGUUACCUACUGGGGCCAAGGGCCGAACCAAGACAGGCUGCUCGCGACUUGCCAGAACCCAUCUUACGACAUCAUCAACAUUGGCUUUGUCAACGUCUUCCCUGACCAGGGAGCUGGUGGCUGGCCGGGCACGAAUUUCGGAAAUGCUUGCUGGGGCGAUGUCUACGAGAACAAGGGCGUCAACACCUCGCUCCUCAAGACAUGCCCGGAUAUCGGACCAGACGUUAUUGAAUGCCAGCAGACUUACGGCAAGAAGAUCAUGCUUUCGAUCGGCGGCGGCUACCCGGUGGACUACUAUAUCAAGAAUGCGAAAUCUGGCCAAAAAUUCGCAGACUUCUUGUGGGCAGCUUUCGGUCCCGUCUCGGCGACAAAGGCCAACAUUCCGCGGCCGUGGGGGGAUGCAGGCGUUGAUGGUUUCGAUUUCGACAUCGAGAACAUCAUGGAUCCAGCGCCGCAGAAGAAUUACCAGUCUUCCGGCUACGCAGCCAUGAUCAACAAGUUCAAGAACGUGCAUUUCCCAACUGACACGACCAAGAGCUACUACAUUUCUGGUGCUCCUCAGUGCCCGAUCCCAGACUCCCACCUCUCCGACGUGCUCGCGAGCGCCUGGUUCGACUUCUUCCAUAUUCAAUUCUACAACACCCCACAAUGCAGUGCGCGGGCUGCGAUCCAAAACGCGAACGGCAAUGGCAAGAAUGAUAUCUCGUACGACACCUGGACUACUCAAAAGUCAAAGAACCCGAAUGUCAAGAUGACCAUCGGCCUGCCAGGCUCCAAAACCGCCGCCAUCGACCCAAGCUACUACCUCACCCCCGCCGAGGCCCAAAAACUCGUCACGCGCUUCUACUCCAACAAGAAAUUCGGCGGUAUCAUGGUCUGGGAAGCUACAGCUGCAGCAAGCACUACGCCGUGCAAGACCGACUACGGCACGUGGAUGAAGCUGAUCCUGACCGCGAAGGCCGCUGGAAAAGUUUUGAACACUAACAUCAAGACCUGCGCCGGCGUGUCGAAGAAGAAGAUCCGUCGUACUGUUUUCGAGCACGAGGUCGCGGAUUUGGAGCCGAGGGAAGCGUGGAGUGUUAGCACAUGCACGGAGACUGCUACGCAUGUGGAGGGUGGCAAGACGAUGGUGGAAAGCUAUGUGGCGACGCAUACGGUGUAUCCGACUAUGCCGGAAGGGUACUACAUUCCCAGUAACACGGCUGUAGUUGAGCUUGCGAGCUCGUCUGCUGGUGCGUACGCUGUCUCGUCAGCGGCAGCAAUGGGCUAUUCGUCUGGAUCUGCUGGCGUGGUCACAAACACCGUUACGGCGUACAAGACCGUCUGCCCUUGCAAUUCUGCUUCCGCCGGCGUUGGAAGCGCAUCGGUCUCCGCUCCCGCAUACUAUGGCUCGAGCGCAUCGAGUGCGCAAGGCAUUACAACGACGGCGGUUAACACGAUCACUAUCAUCGCGCCCUCGAGCACCGCACCGGCCGGCAGCGCUACGAUGCCUGCAGCUCCGUACCCUGUUGCUCCGUCUGGAGGUAGUGGAAAUGGCACGGCAUGGGGCACAGCUUCGGCGUCUGCCGCUUACCCGUCGAGCUCAGGAUGGGUGGUGCCUGCGACUGGUGGUGCGGCGAUGCAGGGGUGGGGUGUUGGAGGUUUGAUUGCGGUUGGGGCUGUUGCUGUAGUUCUGGGUUGA